AUGUCAACAACCGCUACCUCCCUGGUUCCCUCUCCUUCUAUGAGGCCUAGCUACAGGCCUAGCUACAACGCCGCUCUUCAAACCACACAGAAGGCCGCGUCGCAAGCGUCGAGAACAGUCACAAGUGCCCCUAGCAAUGUCGUUGGAAAACCACAGAAUCUCAGCCUGUCUCUUUCGAAGUCUUCGCCCAAACCCACCGAGUUUCCUACUCCUCCAUCCACUCCAGGAAGGUUUAGACACCCGAAGACAACAGAGAUAUUGAGGCGGAAUGCUGCCACAGCACUUACGGACAGGAGUGUCAAGGGCGCCGUGACCAAUGCUGCUGCCUUGCUUCUCACAUUCAUCUUCAGCGAUGUCUACUACAGCAGUGUUCCUCCUCUGCUCAAAUCCAGCGGCAUCGCCGACCCCUCCCAAGUCUCCCAGACCGCCCUCCUCAUCAUCCGCCUUCUAUUUUGCCUAAACAUAAUCCUUCUACUCCGGCCUGUCAUGCCCUACAUCUCCAAGAAAGACCAAAUCACAGACAUCCCCUUGACACCAUCUCAACGGUCACUCCUAGGUCUGAAACCGUCCGCCCCUCCAGGUCAGAGUCCAGCUGGCUCGGCGGCUAGCUACAUUACUCCUCCGCGCUAUCGACGUCUUUCUGGCUCCUCCUUCGGCGGGAGUCCCACAACGAGCCCUCAAGUCGGUUACCCUUCCGCCUCCACCGAUCGUCGCAGCAUAUCUGCCAACUACUCUUCAUCGCCUCUGUCCACAUCCCGCUAUACCAUCGGCUUCUCCCCCACGCCCUCGCAAUCCCUCCGUCGCACGGCCUCUGGUUCGACAUUUUCCCCUUCUCCGACUGCAAGCCCUCUAUUCCACAAAGCCGUGAGCCAGAAUCAAUCCUCACAAAUCCCAGACAGCGACUUUAGCGGGAGUACUCCUUCCCCAUUUGGAGCCAUCAUUGGUGGUGGUGGUGCUGCAGGCCUUAGUCGAUCACAGAGUAUGCGUGAAAGAAGAUCAAGACGGGAGAGCUUAGAACCGAGUUCACCGUCCCCCGCCAGAGCUUCACAGGCCGUGUCAGGGUUGAAUUAUAAAUGGUUAUACGACAAGGGCAGGAAAUUACCCAAGAGCGAUUCUUUCGGCGGCUUCUGA